UCGCUGCAUAAGCCGCUCAUUCUGGCAGCCUCACAAAAUAGUGAAAGCGAUAACAAUAACUCUGUUAGCGGCAGUGGCUGCGAUAAAAAGACCUUCUCGUUGCAUUGCUGUUGCGUGAUAGUCGACAUAACGCCAGUUUCACAGGCCGGACGUUUGACUUCGGCAACAACGGCUUCGGGAAGGGAUGUGACCGCUGGUGGCGGUGGGGCAAGUAGUGGAGGAAGCGUUUUGGGCGAUGGUGUGACACAACUGGCGAAUACUCUGUUUCGAUUCGGUAGCAAGAAACGUCCUGUCUGCAUCUGCAAUGCUCAGUGUCGUUUGCAGCCAUUUGGCGAAGGUACUCUGGGUCCGACGAUAAAAACGCAUCAUGGCUCGCUCGACCGCCUGCUUCAGCAGCAACAACAAGAGGAAUUACAGCAAAAGCUGUAUCCGGCCACCUCUUCGGCACGAACUAUCGGUGGGGUGGUGGGUGAAGGCGGCAAAGGUGCCCUCUUGAUGUCAGCCGAAUCUGAUGAUGAUGUUGUCGACGACGAUAAGGAUUCGAAAGCUCCUCCUCCUCUUCCUCCCCCUCGUCCGCCAUCACGUAGUAAACUGAAUGUCCAGCAGGUCAAGGAAGAGUUCGAUAAAGGUGUAGAAGUGGAAAAGUUUUACCAUCAAAUAAACGGCGACAUCUUCGAAAUCACACGCCGGGUAAGAGCUCGCAAUGAAGAUACCAUUGAGCAGAAACUCAUCAAAUGCAGAGAUCCCAAGAGAUUACCCCCACAAGCGCCUCCAAAGAAAGAUCCUUCAGCAGCCACUCAUAUACACACCCACACUCAUAAGCAUCAUCACAGGCAUGCUGAAGAACAGAAGCCUCAACUGCCACCUCGGCGUCAGAAAAGUGCCGAAGAAGUUCCCGUGUCCAAAGACUGCAAACGAUCUCCCGAUGAGCUCGAGUGGUUUGAUCGAAAAGCUCAACAAAGGCAUUCGUCGCGUUCAGCCGAAAGUGGUACGGUACGUGAGGAAACCAUGGAGUGGUUAGAACGCCAGAGAGUGCCCGCUCGAACUUCAUCUGGUCCCAGUGAAAUAACUGUGAUGAAGGAUGAAUUACCAGAAUGGCUCCUUGAGCAUUUGCCACGCAAACGUUCGGUAGCAGAACGACAGCACACACCACAGCAGGCUGAAACGCGACCCAGCACAUCUUCCUAUGCGAAGGCUUUAAAAGAAGAGUUGACCGAGUUACUGAAGAAACCCCUGUCGCGCCAAAGUUCAGGGCCUGGUGAAAUUUCACUACUCAAAACCGAUCUAGUGGAAUGGCUAACAAAGUCAACGAAAGCCUUAACAGCUCGAGAAGAAGCUUCGGCUAAAACUAGAAGACCACAUCAUCGAAGAAACGGUAGUGGAGAUACACCUCGAUCACACUCGCAUGAAGACGAUGUCAGCCAGCAUCCAGCCCGUAAGCGACAUUCACUUGGCUACAGUGAUAGAAGUGAAGAGAGCAUACCUGACUGGAUUGCCUACCCGCUGAAUCGUUUGCAGUCUAUUGGCAAGACACCCGUAGACCGACGUUCAUCUCAUCAAAGUUUUGUAGAAUUACCACAGAAAUCAUCAACUCCGUCGGCCCAACCACAGUCACAGACGCAGCAUCAAACCCAGCCCUCUGCACAACAAAUUUGUUCAGAUCGUCGAUAUCAAGAACAACGAAUAAGAGACAGACGCCUUCGACACUCGGCCAGUGAAGUAGUUACCGUCUCGACACCAACACCUGCAACCGCAACAAAUGUAGAGCGGCUAUAUGCCAAGCCGCACAAAGAACGUUACCAGUACGUACCCAAAGACGAGUUAAUGCCACCCCAGUUGCCACCCAAAACAAGUAAAACCUCAACCCAACAACAAGGCCAGCGAGAGUCGAAAAGGGACCGUUCUAGGAGGCAUCAAACACAACGGUCGGCAACCAUAUCUGACAUGACCGCCUCACACAAUGGCGUACUGAAACGAAAAUCAUCAUCUGCUGAGCGAGCGCCACGCUCUCCCUCACCCUGCACAGAUCCCUCAUGUCCCCUGCUGCCCAUUUGCACUGAUCCCAAUUGUCGUUUUCUCGAAUGCCAGUCGACCAGCCAACGAAAAAUGCCAUCGUCGUCAUCAACGUUGAAUCUCUUGCGGAAUCAACAACUAACAAAAGCUCAAAUGCACACAGUACCUCCGUCAGAUGACGGUUCAGCUCCUCCACCGCCAUCGUCAAAAGUGCCGCCCGCUCAAAAUCAGCAGAAGCGCAAGUUUGUUAUCUGCCAUGAUUGCCGUUAUUGUGCUCCGCUCAGUUGUCGGAAUCGAAAAUGCUUGAAUGCUCCUAAGUGUAACUCACUGCCUCGCUGUGCAGCCGACUUCAAUCGGUUGCGCACAACCCUUGCACAGCCACCUGCCUUACUUUACGAUAUCGAGCCAGCCGCUCCAGUAUUAUCGUUGCUCUCAUCAACGAAGCGUGCCGACCAACGCAGCAACUCACAGCCCAACACACUCCAACGCGGCGAAUCGUGUGCCUUGCUUUGUACUGGCCCCGUAGUGGCAAAGCGAAAACACCAAAACGGCCAUGCAAAUGGAACCAACGGAAAACUCACAAAGUCUGCAUCGGCGGCAUCGCUAGACGAGCGUCGACGUCGUCACAAAACCGUUCAUUUCGGUGAAAAUCUCUUAAGAGAAGUGUGUCAGAAUCGAAAAUUAAUUAAGUAUGAGCAAAAGCCGUCCGGUUCACAGCCAUCCCAAACGAAUGGUGAACUGUUGUACAAUUUUGUCGAAGGAGUCCUGAGUGCUUGGCAUGACGACGAAGAUGACGAUCAACUGAGAUCGGGUGCUGAAUCAGAACCCGAACAUGGUACGGUGGCACUCAAGCCACUGCACCGUUAUGAUGUCAUACGUUAUCAAGUCAUAAAACGUGUCGUUAACGAAGCAGCCGAACUGCACGGGACCCUACAUUUGGGUAAUUCACGUUUUCGUCAUCGACAUUGGCGCAGCACUGCAAAACAGUGUAAUGAGAUGUUUCUGAGGAAG